UUAAUUUUCAAAGAGUCGUCCUUAAAGGGGGCGUGAUUGUUUUUCAAUUCCCAUGAUGGAUGUAAAUGGCUCUAAAUGACGUUAUGAGAAUCGCAAGAAGGAUAUGGGAGCAUUUCCACUAAGAUGCCGGUAUCUGCGCUGUAUACUGGGCUGAUUGUAAAUUUCAGUGGAAGUAUUAGUGGGAAAAACGCUUCCUGUAACAGCGAAUCGCACAGAUAAAUUGAGUAAACGGAAAGGAAGGGGGCGCAGAAAACUUCACACGGCGUUCAAGUGAUGGUCAGUCAACCCAAGUGGGCUUUCCGCUUCAGCAGUGCCAAUAAUGCGUCUUUUUGUCAUCACACACACAGCGGAGUAACCCUCAAGGGACAGGUCACCGCGUCUGCGAGACAGAAUAAAAAGUGAGCCUCACUUCUGGGCGAUCCAUCAGCUCCUUCAGCGAGGACGCACACGGGACUUCACGAGCACCCAGUCCUUUGGCAGUUUGUCCGCUCUCCCUACAGUCGGCCGGUGUUCAGAGGAUGACAACAGAUGCCCAGCAAAUACUCAUAUAACUUGAGAGCAGACUUUGAGGGGACAUAUUUCGGACCGCGCAGAAGCAGGAACCUAAACCAAAGUCGCGCACAUUCUUUAUUUCCAUUUUCAUCAUUGUUGGACGCACGGAAAGAAAUCAUACAGUACUGGCGAAGCCUAUAUAGACCUGAAGGUGUCCGGUUAAGCUUGUUCUUGCCCAGAGGCGUCGGCGAACGACCCAUUUGUUUCCCCCCUCCCCUCACUCAACGGGAGCUAUGAGCGGACUGCGCAAGCACUUCAACAUGGGACUGGUGCUACUAAUGUGCACGCUGACGGCCCACUACAGCGAGAGCGCGCCCACGGCGGCCCCGGAGGCGGCAGCCGGCAGGGACGCGCAGCAGCAGGACUUGAGGCGGAUAGUAGAGAUCGUGAAACACGUGGAGGGGAGCCGGGGUCGCCACAGCGCGAAAACGGAAGCUCCCUUAACAUCACGGACGAGGAGCUCUCCGGUGGAACCAAAGGAUUUACGCAACGUGAAAACAUUCAGAGGGGAGCAGGUUGUCGCGGUAUUCCCCACAGAUCUCAAAAAGAAGGAGAAGUUCCUCAAACAUAUAACAGGUCCGCUCUACUUCAGUCCCAAGUGCCGGAAGCAUGUCUACAGAGUCUACCACCACACCAGAGAAUGCACAGUACCCGCAUACUUCAAAAGAUGUGCGCGGCUUCUCACGCGACUAGCCGGCACUCCGCAGUGCACAGAGGGGUAGCACCACACGCAAGGUUGAAACCUAACACAAGUUCUCCAGAAGAAAAAAAAAAAAGAAGUUGGGAAAGAAGUGCCUUGGACAGUAAAAGGGAAGCCUAAAAUACUCUGACCAUCCCCGACUGAUAUUAGGCACUGCACUGCCCUUCAGUGAGGUCUGUUCUGCUAGCGCGUGGAUUACUGCCACCCACCGCUGGGCCUCGAUGGCUGGCUGUCACCACGAGGGAGCAACAAAACCAGACCAACAAAAAGUGGUGAAGAGCGGAGAAGUAGCUGAGAGAAACAAACAUGGGGCCUUUUUUUCCAGCUGGCAUCCAAAAAGAUAUUGCUAAAACAAACCAAAAAAAGAAAGGGAUACGCAUAUUUUUAUUUUGUUCAUUUCUUUAAGAGAGGAGCAAAAUCCAAAUGUACUAUUUUUAAGCAUGCCUUCUGCGAUUGGUUUGCUCUGUAUGAGUGUUUUGGGUUGAGCCCCAUCCAUUCUACUGCACUACUGAUUAUGCAGACACAAAGUUCUCACAGACCCCUGGCUGGCAGUCGCGGCGUAGUUUCACCCACUGAGAAAGGACUGUGGUUAAAUUAUUAAUUGCAUGAACAUUUCUCCGUGUCUUUGUGAGACAUGCUAAAAAAAAGAAGGUGGGGUUGUUAGUUACAGCCCUCCGGUGGAUUUUGGUAGAGUGUGGUACAGUCUAUAUUUAUAAAUUUAAAUUGUCACAAGUUUCCACUGUACAUACUUUACACCGUGACCACAUAAAACAAGACAAAUAUGUACAUGCUGUAAAGCAAUGCAUAAGAGGAUUCCAGCUACCUAACCUAAAUUAAAGUGACUGGCAUUUACCAAAUGGUUGUUAAAUACAAAAAUACACAUAUAUGUAUAUACAAAAAAAUCAAAAUAUAUUUAAAUAAAUUAUAAGAUUGGUACAAAUAUGAAUGGUCUUUGUUGUGUCCUGCAUUUUCUCUAAAAUUCCCAUCUUGAAAUGGGGAAUGCUCCCUGAAUGAGCACGACUGGACCAAGUUCUGGGACUACAGAUUUUGUGAACUUCCCACUCCUGUUAUAAGUGUUUGUCAUAUAAGAGAAAGUGCAGUGUGUUUUUUUUGUAUGUUUUAAAUAGAUGUUGUGAAAAAAUCAUUUUUAUGCAAACAUUUACCAGAAUGUGAGUCAUAAAAAUAACUCAUAAA